UUUUUUCAAAGAAAUGGAUGUUGAGGCUUUUCGAAAAAAUGGAAAGGAAUUAAUUGAUAUAGUAGCUGAUUAUUGGGAAUCGUUGGAUACUAAUAAAUGGGAAAAGCCAUUACCUGAUAUAAAACCUGGCUUUUUGCAAUCUCUAAUACCCGAAGAGGCACCUGAAGAACCUGAAAGUUGGCAACAGAUUUUUGCUGAUAUUGAACCUGUUGUUUUGAAUGGAAACACACAUUGGCAUCAUCCAAACUUCUUUGCUUAUUUUUCUACCGCUUGUAGCUAUGCAGGUGUCAUGGGCGAUAUUCUUAGUACGGGAAUUGCAUCAAUCGGAUUUACAUGGAAAUCAAGUCCAUCAAUGACUGAACUUGAAAUGGUAAUGACCGAUUGGUUGGCAAAAGCUAUUGGAUUACCUCACCAAUUUUGGAAUUCUGAUCCAGGGCCAGGCGUUGGAAUGAUACAAAGUACUGCAAGUGAUGCUACACUAGUAGCAUUACUUGCAGCUAGAGCUAGAGCUGUUAAGAAGUUAAAGUCACAGAACACCCAAAUUGGUCAAUGGGAAAAAUUCUUAAAAACCCCAUUUAUUAAAGCACUUGGGCAUCAAUUAAGUGAAGUUGGUGAAUCAUUGAGGAGCAACUUGCCCAAAUUUAAUGGGAUAAUUAAUGGUGGGCAAAAAAAAGUUGAACAAACAACAAAAAAUCCAAUCGGCGAAGUAUCAAUCUUUGAAGCACAUGAUUCAGCUUAUUUUGAUAGAUUAGUAGCUUAUUGCUCUGAUCAAGCCCAUUCUUCAGUAGAUAAAGGUAUAAUGUUAAUUGGUGUUAAAAUAAGAAAAUUGCCUACAUCCAAAAAUAAAUUGGGAAAUUUUUCAUUGGAAGCUUCAAUACUUGAAAAGGCUAUAAAUGAAGACCGCUCAAACGGUUUAAUCCCAUUUAUUCUAAUAAUAACUGUGGGCACAACAAAUACAUGCGCAGUUGAAUCUAUUAGAGAAUUAGGUCCAGUAUGUGUAAGGGAAGGUAUUUGGGUGCAUGUAGAUGCUGCUUAUGCUGGCAGUUUUCUUCUCUGUGAAGAAUUUGCUUAUUUGGCAGAUGGUGUCGAAUUUGCUGAUUCUUUUAAUUUUAAUGCUCAUAAGGCAAUGAUGAUUAAUUUUGAUUGUUCUCCAAUGUGGUUCAAAAACGGAGCAGAGUCAAUUUCUUAUUUUAACGUCGAUCCAGCCUAUUUGAAACAUGAAUAUCAGGCAGUUGCUUCUGACUAUAGGCAAGUUGAAUUAGCUAAAUUGUUUGCAGAAUUACUUAUGAAUGAAACAAAUGGUUAUAUUUCAUCUUUUGAACUUUUUGUUCCUCCACAUUUGGGCUUGGGAAGCAAUGAGUUGAACGAAGCACUUUUGGCAGCUCUAAAUACCGAUGGCCGUAUCCAUUUAGUUUCUUCAAAAACUCACGGUACAUAUUUUCUUCGUUUUGCAAUUUGCAGUUCAAAAACAACUGAAAAACAUGUACAUAAUGCUGUUGAGUUAAUUAAAGAAAUUGCAGAGAAAAUCUCAAUUUGUUAUUAA